UUGUAGUCAAAGUUACAGGCCGUUCUAUGCCCAAUGGCGGUUGUUUAUUCUUGUUUACAAUUUGUACGGGCAAUAUCACCGACACGGUCCUUAAUCGUUCAUCGUCCACUAAUCGAAAUGAACUUGUCACGAAUGUGGCGUGUCAUUAUUCCCCACCAGUCACGCCAUUUUACCACCCAAAUGCUAAAUUAUCAAGGCGGAGACGUUGACACGUAAUUGAUAAUUUGUUGAUAAUGCGCGGGUUACGCUGAUAAGGUUGUUAUUUAUAGAAUUGUUGGAUUCUUUGGAGAUCAUAUUCUUCACAUUUGUAACGCGAAGGAUCAUGCAGCCAGACGAUAAAACAGUACUCAAACAAUUCUGCAACUGCAAAAUUCUACGCGAAGGCAAAAUCCAGUUGGAAGAUUUGUGGGUACGCAAUGGUGAGAUCGUGAAUCCAGAAAAAAUCUUCUACGACGAGAAGAUCACACCUGAUGUUAAAUUAAAUUGUAACGGUGCCCUAAUUUCUCCAGGAUUCAUAGACCUACAGAUCAAUGGAGGAUUUGGCAUCGAUUUUUCGAACAAGGUCGACAAUGUGGAGGAAGGCAUUGAUAAAGUAGCGAAAGGAUUAUUAAAAUAUGGAGUAACAUCAUUCUGUCCUACAGUAGUAACAUCCCCUACUAGAUUGUAUCAUAAAAUAUUGCCGAAAAUAAAGAAGCGAAAUGGAGGUAGUCACGGUGCUGGUAUAUUAGGUGUUCACAUAGAAGGGCCGUUUAUUAGCCCCAAUAAAAAAGGAGCUCAUCCAGAAAACUAUAUAAGAACAUUUGAUCAGGGUUUUAAGUCAGUCACCGAUAUGUAUGGAGAUUUGAACAAUGCGUGUAUGGUUACAUUAGCACCUGAAAUUCCAAACGCCAUAUCUAUUAUCGAAGAGUUGUGUAAAAGAAAUAUCAAAGUAUCAGUCGGACAUUCCAUAGCAAAUCUAAAUGAGGGAGAAGAAGCAGUUAAACAUGGAGCAUCAUUUAUCACUCACCUCUUUAAUGCCAUGUUGCCUUUUCAUCAUAGAGAUCCUGGACUAGUUGGUCUCUUGACAUCCGAUCAAAUUCCACCUGGGAGAAUCGUUCAUUUUGGUAUAAUUGCAGAUGGGAUUCACACUCAUCCAGCUGCUUUACGAAUCGCUCAUCGGACGCAUCCCGAAGGUCUCGUGCUUGUAACCGAUGCGAUAUCGGCAUUGGGUCUGGAGGAGGGGAUUCAUCAGUUGGGUCAAUUGGAGAUAGAGAUACGUCAAGGGAGUGCUUAUAUCGCUGGAACGGACAUCCUGUGCGGUAGCAUAGCUGAAAUGUCUAAAUGUGUGAGACAUUUCAGGGAAGCCACUGGUUGCACUGUAGUUGAGGCUUUGGAAGCAGCUACUUUGCAUCCCGCGAAAACUCUUGGCAUCGAUUCUCACAAAGGUGUUCUCAGCUUUGGCGCUGACGCCGAUUUCGUAUUAUUGGAUGAUAAACUGGAGGUUCUGUCGACAUGGAUUUCAGGAGAAUGUGUUCAGCGUACUUGCAGUGAGUGACAUGCAUAAAAGAGACAAAGGAAGAGAUUAUUACUCCAUAUAAACAUACACGAAUGUAUUUGAUCAGAUGACAGGAGAAUAUGAAAUAUCUUUUUACUCCUUUUAGUUGUGACAAAUGUGUGUGCAUAUAAUAAUAAAUAUAGAUAUAUUUUCUUUUUA